AUGAUGUCGCCGUGUCUGCAUAGAAUAGAUAACACUAAACAACUAUACCCGGGUUUAUUUGGUGUUAGUAUGACAAUGGAAAAAUCAACAAACUUCGACGAUAGCCAAGAUUGGAAAAAUGAUCUAAAAUAUAAUAUAUGCAUUAUUGAUGGUUUUACAUUCGACAUAAAUAAAUUAAAAUUUAUUUCUCAUAAUGAUGAGGAACAAAUGCUAAAAUUUGCUUCAGACGAGCUACAUCGACAUGAAUUUCACGAAGCAUGUUGUACUAAUAAUAUUGAUAAAGUACGUAGUUUUUUAAAACGGAUGAAAGUUGAUGAUAUUAAUCGCGUGGCAUUCGAUGGUGAAACAGUUCUUCAUAUAGCAUCCGUUCAUAGAUAUGAUGAACUUGUUAACUUAUUACUAAACUAUGGAGCUUUUCGUUCCGUCAGAAAUCAAAACAAUUGUACGCCAUGUACAAUAGCAAACUAUAAUACAACAAAGAAAUUAUUUGAACGAGCUCCAGAAAAAAAUCAGGUCCAACAUCAACGUUUUUACAAUUAUGAUAUUGAUUAG